AUGGAUAUUCAACCUGAAGAGUGUUGGAGUGUCAGCCAUGAAUGGAAAGCAGUUGUACUUUACGGAAUUGACCGUUUGUAUUCAAAUCAAUUUAAAAUAAAAAAUAUUGAGGAUAUUGCAUUUACUAUUGGCAUGAAGAUGAAUGAGCAAAAGACUCAUUUUGAAGUAUGGGUUCAGAAAUCAAAUGUGGAAUUAUUGAAAGCUUCUAUUCAUUUGUCGGUCAAAGAUAAAUGUGCAAAAACGAAAGUUGUUGAUGAAUGGAAAGACAUUUGUUCGUUCAAAAACUUUUUAUUAUUUCCUUCCCAGGUCGUAGCUCGGCAAGCCUACGAUUUUAAUGGUCGAGCUCUUAGUCAUAAUGUUUACGAUGUUACUAUUAAUUGUAAAAUAGUUUUGCAUGAUUAUAUGCAAGCUCCGAUGUUUGAUAAUUUGUAUGAGGACCUUCAGCAGUUUCUUAAAUCUCAAGAAUUAAGCGACGUUACUCUAGUGGUUGGUGAAGUUGAAAUACCAGCUCACAAAGUUGUCCUCGCUGCUCACAGCCCAGUUUUUAAAGCCAUGUUAUUGUCUGGUAUGAAGGAAGCUAAACAAGGAGAGAUAGAAAUUAAAAAUGUUGACGCUGACAUUAUCUCGGAAAUGCUUGAAUAUUUUUACAAAGGAGAAACCAAAGCCAGCUUUGACACAGAAGUUGCAUUGAAGAUGAUAGAACUAGCAGACAUUUAUCAAAUUGAAAAGCUCAAGAAUAUCUGCCAGAAUACUUUGCUGAACAAUAUGUCCAUUGAUAAUAUUUUCGACAUCGUUGAUGUUGCAGAUGACCAUAAUAUUGAAGAAUUACGUGACCAAGCUAUUAAAUUUAUGGUAAAAUAUAGCGACAGAGUUUUUGCAUUGAAAAGAUUUGAACAACUGUUUUAUAAGAAAUCAGAAUUAAUGUUCGAAUUAAUGACUGCUGUUGGUAAAAAAAAAUAA